UAUAACCAUACAUUAAAUUUCGAAAAAAAAAUCUUGAACACAUAUAAUGAUAUAAUUCUACAUAUAGACAAAAAUACCAAUCCCAAUAAUUGAACAAAACCUUUUCACCAUGUCCACCACCGUGCUCGAAACCACCGGCAUCUCCCCUCCUCCCGGCUCCGCCGCCGAGCUGACGGUCCCGCUCUGCUUCUUCGACAUCGGGUGGCUGCAUUUUCACCCCAUCCGCCGCCUCAUCUUCUACAACCACCCUUGCACCGAGGCCGAAUUCUCCUCCACCAUCGUUCCAAACCUCAAACACUCCCUCUCUCUCACCCUCCAACACUUCCCCCCCGUCGCCGGAAACCUCCUCUACCCUCUCGACACCGAAAAAUCCCGCCCCUUCCUCCGCUACGUCUCCGGCGACACCGCCCCCCUCACGAUCGCCGUCUCCGGGCGCGACUUCGAUGAACUCACCGGCAGCCACGCCCGAGACUCCGACCAAUUCUACGAAUUCCUCCCCCCGAUGCCCCCGGUAACCGAGGAGGAAAAUUACAAAAUUGCCCCUCUCAUCGCCCUCCAGGCUACGCUCUUCCCCGGCCGCGGGAUCUGCAUCGGGGUGAGCAAUCACCACUGCCUCGGCGACGCGAGGUCUGUGUUCCGAUUCGUCUCGGCCUGGGCCGAGACGAAUCAAAGCGGCGGAGAUGGACGGUUUUUAAACUGCUUAUCGCCGCCGCUUUUUGAUAGAUCUGUAUUUGGAGAUAUCAAGGGCAUAAGCGACAAUUUAUGGAGCACUACGAGGAAUAUUCCCUUGACUCAGUCAAGUUUGCCUGUGCCUACUAACAGAGUCAGGGCCGCGUUCACACUCCGUCAAUCCGAUAUUAAAAAACUCAAGGAUUUUGUUAUGACGAAAAAGCCUGGCCUAGUUUACAUCUCUACUCUCGCUGUCUCGGUGGCGUACACGUGGAGUGCCGUGGUGAAAUCCGCGGCCACAGCAGGGGAGGCGGCGGACGAGGAUGGGACCGAGGUGCUCUUUUUGCCGGUGGACGGAAGGGGGCGGCUGAACGCGCUGGUCGACCCGCCGGUGCCGGUGAAUUACUUCGGGAAUUUCUUGGGCGCCGUGGCGGCGACGGUGGAGCAUAAGAAGUUGGCGGCGGAGGAAGGAUUUGUGGCGGCAGCAGAGGCGAUUGCGGAUAUGAUCAAGAACCGAGUGUAUAAUAAAGAGAAUUUUUUGAAUGAUUUGGAAAAUCUGUUGUCUGAGAUGUUGAAAUUGGCGGGGUUGAGUAAAUUUGGAGUUUCCGGUUCGCCGAAGUUUGAUUUCUCGAAUGCGGAUUUCGGAUGGGGAAAGGCGAGGAGGUUCGAGUUUUUGUCAAUAGAUGAGGAGAAGUAUUCCAUGUCGUUGUGUAAUUCGCCGGAUUUCGAAGGCGGUUUGGUGGUCGGAAUUUCGCUACCGAGAAAGAGAAUGGAAGCUUUUGCGACCAUUUUUGAAGAUGGCCUUAAAUUUUAAGAAUGCUUGUGUGAAAAUUUUGGUUUUACAAUUUGAUUAUUAGUUUCAGUUUUA